AUGAGCCAAGCAAAGUUGAUUUUGUUGACGUUACUAUUUAUCACUGCACUCGCUGUGAAUUCAAAAAAGAUUCUCUUGGUUCAAGUUGCAGUUGGAAAAAGUCACAUGCAAUUCAGCGGAGUUUUGACUGAUAAACUGGUCGAUCGAGGACAUAUUGUGGUAGGUGCACUAUUAAUAUAACCCUAGUCCUAGCUCAGAGCCCUAGCCCGGAGCGCUAGCUCCAGAACCUUAACUCAAAGCCCUACCUCACAGCCCUAGCCCAGAGCUGUAGCCCAGAGCCUUAACCCAGGGUCCUAGCCCUAGUUCAGAGCCCUAGCCCAAAGCCCUAGCCCAGAUCCCUAGUCCAGAGCCCUAGCCCAGAGCCCUAGCCCAAAGCCCUAGCCCAGAGCCCUAGCCCAGAGCCCGAGCCCUAGCCCAAAGCCCUAGACCAGAGCCCUAGCCCAGAGCCCUAGCCCAGAGCCCUAGCCCAGAGCCCUAGCCCAGAGCCCUAGCCGAAGCCACACACAUUAUAACUAUACAUCUUCAGGACAAGCUCGUACUCCACUGGAACCCAUACGUGAUCACAAAUGGUACCAAGAAGGCUCGUCGUAUAAUCUCAGUCACUCGUCCAGACUCUCCAUAUAAAAAUGCUCAACAUAUUAUGAAUCCAUUCAAGUACGAAUCAGAACAAGGCUAUCAAAUGUUCAUCGACAUUCGUAAAAUGUACUGUGAGACGCUGCUAGCUAACAAAGGUCUUAUUGAAGAAUUGAAAAGCGAGAACUAUGACAUUGCUUUAGUGACACCAUGGGGUGGUUGUAGCUUGGCAUUGACAGAGAUUCUGGAGAUCAAAUCAACUGCUAUGUUUGUUGCCACUUCUAAUGCUGACUACAUUUUUGAGGGCUUGGGGGUUCCUAGUCCUCCUAGCUAUUUGUCUUGUAAGUUUUACGAUGCUAUUUGUCAUAUAGCUAUUAGGUUGAACCAAAAAUACCGGAACAUCUUUUUAAUGAAAAAAAGUGUCCCGUUACUUUUGGUUUAACCAAAUAUUUGUCAUAUGGGUAUUGGGUUGUAUAAAAAAUAUUGAGCUACUAAACUCUAUAUCUUUUACAAGAUUUUUUUUAUUUUCAAAAUUUCAGACAUUUUCGAGCCAGUAUCGCCAGGAAAACCACUCAACUUCCCAGAACGUGUCGCUAACUACAUAAAAUGGUUCAAACGACACAUGCCUUACAGCCACUGGAACGAAAUGCGUCAUACUGAUGACGAAAUUGUUCACAAGUACUAUCCUCAUAUACUGCCGUAUUCUCAACUCUUUCAUAAAGUUUCAUAUGUAUUCUUGAACAUGAAUGAGUUGUUGGACAUUGGUCAACCAAUUUCUUCAAAGAUCAAAUUCAUUGGCGGAAUACACUUGGAGGACGGGCUGACGAAUACUAAUUUGACAAUGCUUGAAGUGAGAAAUUUAAAAUUCUUAUAA